UCAAAAUGUUGUGUUUGGGGCUUCAAUUUCGCUUCCCCUCCCUCUGUUUUCACCUAUCAUUCAAACUGUUUGAUUUUUUUUUUGCAAUUAAUGAAUUCAACAAUUUAAAUUAAAUUCCUUUGGCUUCUUUCAUUCCUCUCAAUCCAUCGCCAUUCGCUGUUUCGUCCAUGCCUAAGACUAGGAGGGUUCUUUGUAAGUUUUUUGCUCAUGGAGCAUGCUUCAAAGGGGAGAAUUGUGAGUUUUCCCAUGAUUGGAAGGAUCCACCAAACAAUAUUUGCACAUACUAUCAGAAAGGAAUAUGUUCAUUCGGUAGUCGGUGCAGAUAUGAACAUGUUAAGGCUUCUCAAUCGGAUUUAUCUGCUUCAUCUUCGUCUACGAAGCCUCGUCAAUUCGGGAUAUCGGGUUCUGUUCCACAAGGACCUUCCACGAGCACAUUUCGUGGUUCUGCUGUACUUUCAGCUACUUCAACAGAGUUUUGCGGUUCCAAUGGAGGGUUCCUUCCUCCCACCAAAAAUGCAUGGAAUUUGGAACCUGUGCGUGAAGAUAUAUUGGAUGAUGGUGAUGUUUUAGAGCCUAGGAGUCGUAAACUAGCUGAUCGUUCCAUCUGCUCGUUUGCUGCAGCUGGUAAUUGUCCCCAUGGAGAAGCAUGUCCUCAUAUUCAUGGAGACUUGUGUCCCACCUGCAGAAAACAUUGUUUGCAUCCUUUCAGACCUGAAGAAAGGGAGGAGCAUGUAAAAAUAUGUGAGAAAAAGCAAAAGCACCUUGAGGCAUUGAAAUAUAGUCAAGAAAUAGAAUGCGGUGUGUGCCUGGAUCGUGUUUUGUUGAAACCCACAGCAGCUGAACGGAAAUUUGGGUUGCUCUCAGAAUGUGAUCAUCCUUUUUGCAUAUCCUGUAUUAGAAAUUGGCGUAGCAGUUCCCCGUCGUCAGGAAUGGAUGUAAGGGCUUGCCCAAUCUGUCGUAAGCUAUCAUAUUUUAUCAUUCCUAGUGUGAUUUGGUAUAGCACUCCAGAAGAAAAGCAGGGAAUUGUUGAUAGCUACAAGGCAAAACUGAGGUCAAUAGAUUGCAAGCGCUUCAACUUUGGUAAUGGGAACUGCCCUUUUGGGACUAGUUGUUUCUACAAGUUUCUUUGCCAAAUCUCUAUCAGGAUAUCAAACAAUUUGACUUUUAUCUGAAGAGGUUAGUGUAGAAAUAAAAUUUUGUAUUUUAUCUCAACAUUUGAAAACCACAAGCUUUGAUCACAAUUUCCUUGAAUAAGACCGCUACUAAUAUUUGGUAAGAGGAACAAGUAUGAGAGCAGUGGAUUAUGGGGCAAAACUAAUUGGUAAGGCAAAGAUGAUUAAUCAUGGCUGAGAUUUGGACUAAGUGGAUGCAAGGAAAGAUUUUAAUUUGCCAAAUAUGAUUUUUGUAUGAGUAAUCAUCAGAGAGAAGGAUAAUGAUGAUAAAUUAAGAACUUUGUUAGAAAUAAGCCAAUAGGAAAAACAGAAUAUCUAUGGUGCCUUUAUACCAAAAUUUUCUCCUUCUGUUAUUCUAUUAUGGUGCUGCUUUUGAAAGCAUUCUUGCUGCUAUAAUUAAGGGGGAAAUUGUGUCAAAUUGCAAGUGUCAUCUCACCAAGUCGAAGUGAUUAUUAAUACAUCAUCUAUUUAAUGUUGCUGUUCGGUUCAAUUAUACUUUUCUAGCCCA